CUAAUAUUCCAACUCCCCCGCAAGAGAGUUUUUAUUAUAGCAGCACCUGCUGUUGCAAAAGGGGAACCCAGCAACAGGGCAAAACGCAAAAAAAGCGACUGUUUCUAUUUUUUCUUUCCAAACGUAACUUCACUCAUCUUUUUGUUACUGCGUCUGUGAAUUGUGUUUGGAAGAGAAUGACAGUUAAAUCCGAUCAAGAUCUACCUAACGAGCUAUUGGAGAAACUCAAGAAUCUCGAGCUGGAACUAGAAGAUGGCGACAUUACUCAGAAAGGAUUUGAAAAGAAAAAGGCGACAUUGUUAGAGCAAUUUGCCGACAGUGACGAACGAAACCAACAACAGGCAUCAACAAAUAUUUCUGGCCAUCAAAGUGAUAACAAUAGUGAAUCGGCAGUCGAUCUCGGACCUGAGCCUAGUGCUGCUGAUGUAGUCGACUUUUUGGAUUACUUGCCAUCGCCUACGCAUUCACCACCAAAGCCAGCUGGUGGCAGCAGUAGUGGUGCUGCUCUUAUGGAACAAAACCACCGCGAACUUCAACAGCAACAGCAGCAACAGCCUUAUCAGCAGCAGCAGCAACAAUAUUAUUCAUCCGUACCAGCUCAACAACCCUCAUAUCGUCCUUAUCCACAGCAGUCGCAACAACAACAACCACUACCACUACCCCAAUCACAAUCACAAUCACAAGCACAAGCACAAGCACAAGCACAAGCACAAGCACAAGCACAGCAUUGGCAACAACAGCCUCCUGCUUCGUACGGCUAUAAUGCGCAGGCCCCUCCUCCAGCUAUUGAACGUACACAUUCUCCUAGCGGUAUUGCUGGCGGUAAUGGGGGUUCUCAAUAUUAUCACGCCGGAGUCGCGUCGUCCUCGUCGUCACGCCCUUCGCGGCCUUACGAUCCGCGUAUGGUAGCCCGCCCUGCCUAUCAACAAGGCAGUGGAGGCCCACCGCAAUCUUCGCCCAGUAUGCGCCAUCAACCAUAUGCUGGUGGAUAUCCCUCACAACAACAGCAACAACGACCCCCAUCCUCCUAUAGACCGGGACCAUCUCCGUCCAACGCGCAGUACCAUCAUUAUCAGCGUCCCGUAUACACCACUGCAUCUUCACAACAACAGCAACAACGGCCUGUGAUGGCUGCUGGCUCACCAAGACCUAUCUAUAGGACCGGAACAGUGACACCGCAGCCUGUAAGAGCACCACCAGCGCCUGGCAAUUAUCGCCCUGUCAUGCCGCCUGGAGCUGCCCCAGCUGCUCAUAUGCGGACAUCAUCUUUGGAUGCUCGGUCAGAUAUGAUGCAACAUCAGCAAAGACCUGGAUACGCGUAUGGUGUGCCUCCCCCACGAUCGCAACAACACAUGACCAACCCGCCACCUCCCCGAAACUUGCCUCCAGAAGCAUGGAGAGGACAGUAAACUGCUUGGAAAAUUUGACGAUAAUUAAUCCCAUGUUCUUUUAAGUUUGUUCUAUUACUUGGCUCAACCCUUCCUCCCCACACCUCCCUUUCCUUUCCUAAACCCCUCCUCCACUGUUAAAUCCUUUUGUUUUUUAUUGGUCUCUCUCUCUCUCUUUGCACGCAUAUCAUAAACAAUUGCCAUAAUACCUCUCUUCUCAACCUUACCUUUUUUGCUUUUUGCUUU